UACUGUACUGUACUUGGUAUAAUCAGUUUUAGUAACAUCCAAUCCAUGAUCACUCCUUUUCCAAUCACAUUUGAAUAAUUCAAUCCAAUUAAUUAACUUUAGGUAUCUGUGAGGCAGAAUGGGACUCCUUAGUAUGAAAGGGACAUUAGGAUCAUCAUCCAUGGUUUUAGGGAAAGUUGAGUCAAACCGAAGGGAAGAAGAUGCAUAUUUUAAAUUAUCUUCCCUAUAUAGUGGUUCAGUCCAUUAUAAGUUUUUGUACAAAGAUAGAGAGAUAUUAAAAUGCAAAAAAGAGAGAAAUGUUAUUGUUGCAACUGGACCAGCCAUAGAGGCUCCUGUUAUUGCAACUGAGCCAUUAACAAAAGAUGAUUUAAUUGACUACAUGGUAUCUGGUUGCAAGCCUAAGGAAAAAUGGAGAAUAGGCACAGAACAUGAGAAGUUUGGUUUUGAGUUUGAUACUUUACGUCCAAUCAAAUACAAACAAAUAUCACCUUUACUUAAUGGCAUUGCUGAAAGGUUUCAUUGGGAUAAAAUUAUGGAAGGUGACAACGUCAUAGGACUCAAAACUGGGAAGCAAAGCAUAUCAUUGGAGCCUGGUGGACAAAUUGAGCUUAGUGGUGCUCCUUUCAAAACAUUGCAUGAGACUUAUGAUGAGAUUAACUUGCACCUCUAUCAGGCUAAAACUGUUGCAGAGGAAAUGAGAAUUGGAUUUAUGGGAUUAGGUUUUCAGCCUAAAUGGAGACUAGGAGACAUACCUAAAGUACCUAAGGUACGUUACAACAUUAUGCAAAAUUACUUCAGUAAAUUUGGGUUACUUGCUGUUCAAUCAUUGUUAAUGACAUGCUCAGUUCAGGUAAAUUUGGACUUCAGUUCUGAAGCAGACAUGGUCAAGAAAAUGCGCGCCGGUCUAGCUUUGCAGCCGUUAGCAACAGCUUUAUUUUCAAAUUCACCUUUCAAGCAAGGAGCUCCAAACGGUUAUGUCAGCUUUAGAAGCCAUGUGAAUGGUCAGGUUGAUAAACGCCGUACUGGAAUGCUCCCGUUUGUUUUUUAUGAUACUUUUGGGUUUGAGCAGUUUGUUGAUUAUGCUCUUGAUGUACCAAUGAUAUUUGUGUAUCGAAAAAAUAAAUAUAUUCCAUGUGGUGGCAUGUCAUUCCGGGACUUCAUGGCCGGUAAACUCCCUGCCAUUCGAGGUCAAGUGCCAACAAUCAGUGAUUGGGAGAAUCACCUCACAACAAUAUUUCCUGAGGUCAGGCUAAAGAAGUACAUGGAAAUGAGAGGUGCUGAUGGGGGGCCUUUGAAUAUGUUAUGUGCUUUGCCUGCUUUUUGGGUAGGUCUACUAUAUGAUGAGGUUUCACUACAUAAUGUUCUAGAUAUGAUUGCGGACUGGACCGAUGAAGACAAACAAUAUUUGAGGAAUCAGGUUCCUUUUACCGGGUUAAAGACUCCAUUUCAAGGUAGAUUGUUGCAACAUGUUGCUGAAGAUGUGUUGAAGUGGGCAAAGGAUGGCUUGGACAGAAGAUGCUUAAAUGAAUCCAUUUUCCUGGAUCCAUUGAUUGAAGUGGUUGGAACAGGUAUGACACCGGCUGAAAAGCUUUUGGAGAUGUACAAUAACAAGUGGGGAAGCAACAUAGAUUCUGUGUUUAGAGAGUGUUGCUACUGAUCUUGUCUUCUGGUGAAGGAGAGAAAAUGUAGAUUGGAAAUAACAAAAGUGAGCUAAUGUAAUUAGCUUAUGGUGUUUUAAUAUGUGCUUUUCUGUUUAUAAAUAAUAUCAGGAAUCUAUGUCCAUAUGUUUAAUUUAUCUAUGGACUUGUACAAAUCCAGUAUGUACAAUUGUUUCUACUUUUUAAUAACAGUUGUACAAAGUGAAAUUGAUGUCCCUUACAAUUGUAGUUCAAUCUCACUCACUCUUUUUUAGAAUGGAAUAUAUAAAAGAGAGGAGGUUCCAUUUAUCAA